AUGUUGAACAAAAUAUGUUUGACUGCGAUAUCAUCAGUUGUCUUGUAUGUCAUGCAUCUGCCAGUGUGUGAGUCAGGAUUCAUCUGGGGUCUUCUUUGUGAAUUUCUUGGAAUAUUUUGCGACGGAGAACCGGAGGAGGUUUCGCAUCUAGUGAAUCAGAUGGUCUCGAUGGGUUCCUCGUCAUCGGUAAGUCAUUAUUAUUUCGUUUAUACUACGUCUGUGUUUGCAGAACACUUCUCAUUUCCCUUAGAAUGCCCGUAUUAAAAACUACUCACACAGUCGCAUUACAAUCUGGGAGAUUUAUUAGUGGAAGAAUAAGUGAGAUAUUAGGGAUAAUAAUAAUAAAUGUGAUAUACGCUUCAUAUAGAUGCUAUUCGUGUCUACCAUUAGUGAUCACAAACACAUUAGCCGAUUUGUGUCACUGAAGAAAUGUGUUUACAGGAGGGAAAAAGUGCCUUGAUUUUCAGUUAAAAUAAGUGUCUCUCAAGAUUCGGAAACGAUCGCUGGGUAUUUCGUAUUCACGUGGUAGUAAAGGAAUCCUUCUGAUAUCGACAAAUGUUUUUUUCGAGCGAAUUCAGGAUUUUGUAAUGAAGGAGGUGAUUGACAAAUGAACUGGUAAAUCAUUUCGUAGGCUUGAAUACAACUUUUUGCAUUUAUCAGCUUGUAGAUACAGUUGGAAGUAGAGUCCACAGAAUUUCGUCCUUUAAUCGUGGGAACAAGGAUCGAAAAUGUUCGGUAAAUGAGAAAAAGAGAUGUGGUCAGCAUCAAACGCACAUUCAAGGCCGCAACUCUUUUCCUCAUUUGCCGAACAUUAUCAAUCCAUGUUCCUACGAUUAAUGGACCAAAAUUCUGUAGACACUACUUCAAACUGUAUCUACA